CAUCAGAGCCCUUUAGCAGCCAGUUGCCGUUGGCCUUUGCGUCAGAAGCAAACAGGCCUGGCUUCUCUCUUUAUACUAAUCAUUUUCUUUUCUUCGCUGUUCUUUGACCGAGUUGAAUUACUGCAUAAGUAGCUACUUAGCUCUCUUAGUGGUUCCUUAACGUCGCGCCAAUCGAUCACAGUGACUGUGAUUCUGUUGCACCAGAACCAUUAAAAAAGAUCGGCCUUGCUGCAUAUCUGCCUGAGCAUAACCUUUUCCUCCUCUGCUCUCCUCUUCUCUUUCUCCCAUCAUUUCUUACAACACACAACCUUCCCAUGACGCUUCUUCUGCUAUCUUAGGCUCUGUCCUUGGUUUUGGGGCUGCUUCGUAACAGAUCAGCAACACUUCGCAAUGGCAUCAACAAUCACAGAAGCUCAGGCGGAGCUGAUUCGGUCCCUUGCGCCCGACGAUAUUCCAAUCAAGUUGCGAUGCGCGAUCUGCAGCAAGCUCGCGGUCAACGCCUACCGUCUUCCUUGUUGCGAACAGGCAAUAUGCGAAUCAUGUCAAUCCAAUCUACCCGCGUCGUGUCCUGUUUGCGAACACUCACCCUUGUCCGCCGAGGAUUGCAAUCCCAACAAAUCAUUGAGAACCACAAUCAGGGUCUUCCUGCGCACUGCGGAGAAGAAACGCGAGGCAAGCCGACCGAAGGAAGACAAAGACUCAGAGCCAGCGACGCCAGUUGAGGCGCCUAAACAGAAUCUCCCUACAACCGAAACAUCUGCGAUCGAGACACCCAUAGAACAGAUUUCGGGGGUCGACGCACCAUCAUCAGUACAGGUCGAUAGCGCUGACAAAGUUGAUGAAGGCGCUCCUGCUCCACACGUAAUCCAGGAGAAUAUUACUCAUCAUGAUGACACUCCUGCUACUGAGAGUCCUCGGCAAGUCGAGGCAGGUGAUGCUCAGAGCGCACCUGCCGAGGGCAGCACAGAGGACGCACCCAUCGAGCACUCUGACGAGCAGACUCUUACGACACAAAAUGGUGAAGGAGGAAUCAACGGCGCCGGCGAAGAAAACGAACAACAAAUGGACGCCGAAAACGACGAGGACCAAGACCAAGAGAAGCCUGAUUCCGAGUCAAUGAAUGGCAAUUUUCUGAAUGGCUCAUUCUCUAGCUCUGGUGACUUCAACCAGAUGCAGAUGAUGAUGGCUAUGCAGAACGGAAUGACGCCGAACUCCUUCGGUGGCUUUCCCAUGAUGGGUAUGCCGGGCAUGGGCAUGGACCCAAUGACGAUGCAGAACAUGUACAUGAACGGUGGCUUUCAAGGCAUGGGCAUGAACGGCAUGGGUGGCUUUGGAGGUGGAUUUGGCCAAGGCUCCAAUAAUAACUGGAACGGUUCACAGUCGUGGAAUUUCGACCAGAAUAAUUACAAUCAAAAUGGUCCUGGCAUGGGAACUGGUGACUUUGGAGGCUUUAACUCAGGAUUCCAGACAGGAUACAAUCAAGGUAAUUAUGGUCAAUUCAAUGACUAUCGCCGCAACACUUUCGGACGUGGUCGAGGCCGUGGCCGUGGUUACUACGGAGGAUAUGGCCGUGGAGGUUACCAGUUCGGAGGCAACCCAAACUACCAGGAUCAGACCCAAGGCCAAUUCCCGCAGGUUGGGCCCGGUCAGAAUGGUCAGAACGGUGUCGAUCAGGGUGAUGGCCAGCAGCAAGUUGAUGAAAGCGGUCAACCUAUUCAGGGCGAUAGCACUGAAGGGCCUGCUGAUGCCGGACAAGCUGAUGGAUCCAGUGAGGCCAUAGGCAAUGCGGAUGCCGCUACCGGUGAUGCUUCCUCUACAACACGUAAUACGGGACCUGGAAACUCAGACCUUGCUCAGGGUAAUGUUUCCGGUGCUGUUCGUCCAGUUGCAGCCGCUGAUGUUCCUUUGAAUGCGCCUACUGGGCCCAAAGCUAUGAGACAGGGGCUCCCUAACACAAGUCUUCAUCAUCUUCGAGCACGCGGUUACCAGGUGGGAAGUGAAGUCCCUCCCUCUAAACCGACUGGAGUGAGAGAUAGCCCAGCAGACCGAGGCCGAUCCCGGUCCAGGAGUAGUUCUCCAACUCCAAUUACUGCUGACGCUCGUGAAAAGGACAAGGAUCGUGAGUCCCGUCAUGAGCAGAGCAAAGAGCGACCUCGCGAUCAUGACAAACGCGACCGAGACCGAGACCGAGACCAUGACCAAACAGGAUCAGCCUCUCGAACCGUCAGCAGAAGUCGUAGUCGCAGCAGGGGACAUCGAAGCUCCCGUCGACGUAGGCGUCAUCGCUCAGAGUCUGUUGAGGACGAUGGCUAUGAUGACGAUUCGCGACGCAAGAAGCAUAGAAGCCGGCGUCACUUUCACGAUGAUGAAGAGUCUUCACGUUUCAAGGACAAGGAUAAGGAUGAAAAAUAUACUGACCGAAACCGUUCCGCAUCACCAGCUGAAUCCAAAAGAUCCAGCCACCGCAGCCGUCGAGAUAGAGACUCGGACAAGCGGAGGGAUCGAGAAAAGGACAAAGAUGACGAUCGCAAAAAGUCCAGCCACCGCCCCUCGCACCGGGAUAGAGACUACGACCGCGACCGGCGUCGGGAAAAGGACAGAGACCGUAGUGAUAAAGACCGGAAAGAUAAGGAUCGCAAAGAUCGACAUCGGGAUAGGGACCGACGCGAUCGCGACCGUGACAGAGAGAGAGAGAAGGACAAAGAUCGGGAAAGUGGCAGGGACCGAGACAGAGAACGGGAUCGCGAUCGAGGUUCGAGAUAUAGCAGCAGACGCGAGUCGAUUGAUGCUGGAGACUCGAAGCCUAUCUCUGGCCCUCGCGGUCACGACACGAAAGUGAAAACCGGCUCUUCGAGUCGCACCGAGAACUCGGGCAAAGACCCUCACACGCUCGAGCGUGAGGCCCGUGAUCGCGAGCGCUUGCUUAAAGAAGCGCAACGUAUCGCAGGUAUGGCGGGUUGGAAACGCAGCCGGGGCGAUGACGGCGACGAUGCAGGCUCGCGCAAAGGCCGUCGGACGGGCUCGUCAACGUCUGCUGCUGCAUCACGUCGAAGCGAAGCUAUCAAUGGUGGCGACGAAGAAGAGAGAAUGCGAAGACUCGAGGCAGAAAGGGAGGGUGAUCGAUGGGGUUAGAAACUCCAACGGUCUUCCAAGAAACGUGCCACCAAGUCGAUAAGACAAUGAAGGCCAUGUUUUGAUCAUUUCUCAUUUCACCCUAAUCUCUAAGCUUUACAGGAUGGAAGCAACAUUUACCCUCCUUUUAUUUCUUCACUAUCAGGUGUUGGCGGUUGAUGCAUUAUGCGGAAUCAAAUCUUUCAUGUACGAGUAGCUAAAAAAAGAAGGGGAAAGGGAUGUUGCAUUAAAUUCAGAAACACUUACACGAGUUUUCAUCGGGAUGCCAGCUUAGGGUUCAGCUGGGCGGCGGGAAGCGAGGACCAUGGGGCAAGAGACUUAAAAAUAGGUUUGCAGGUUAGAGGUAGCAGGGUCUUGCUUGACAGUUUUGCAGGUAUCGUGAAUCCUGUCUUGAAAUGAAAAGGCGCUCUUGGAGUCAUUAUAUAAAGUCAGCGCUGAAGUGAGGUCAGUAGGUGACGAGUCUAUCCAUGAGUUACACGUU